GUCAGUCAGUGGGAGGAAGAUGGCGGCGCUCAUUCCCCACAGCCAGCAGCUUUCCACUGGGAAUCCAUUGUAUGAGACUUAUUACAAACAGGUAGAUCCAACAUACACAGGGAGAGUUGGGGCUAGUGAAGCUGCACUGUUCCUUAAAAAAUCAGGUCUUCCAGACAUUAUCCUUGGAAAAAUAUGGGAUUUGGCUGACCCAGAGGGUAAAGGGUACUUGGAUAAACAGGGUUUCUAUGUUGCAUUGCGACUCGUAGCAUGUGCACAGAAUGGCCAUGAUGUUAACUUGAGCAAUCUAAACUUGACUAUACCACCUCCUAAAUUUCAUGACACUAGCAGUCCCUUAUUGAUCACACCUCCUUCAACAGAGGCUCACUGGGCCGUUAGGGUGGAAGAAAAAGCAAAGUUUGAUGGUAUUUUUGAAAGCCUUUUGCCAGUAAACGGUUUACUUUCAGGAGACAAAGUAAAACCAGUACUGAUGAACUCAAAGCUACCUCUUGAUAUCCUAGGAAGGGUCUGGGAUCUCAGUGAUAUUGACAAAGAUGGACACCUGGACAAGGAUGAAUUUGCUGUGGCAAUGCAUUUGGUAUAUAGAGCUCUUGAAAAGGAGCCAGUUCCCUCAGUAUUACCCCCCCCACUUAUACCACCUUCCAAAAGAAAGAAGACGCCAGUUUUUCCUGGUGCAGUUCCUGUUCUUCCUGCAAGUCCUCCACCUAAAGAUAGCCUUCGUUCUACCCCAUCCCAUGGUAGUGUAAACAGCCUGAAUAGCACAGGAAGUUUGUCACCCAAACACAGCAUCAAGCAAACACAGCCAUCUGUGAAUUGGGUGGUACCAAUGACUGAUAAGGUGCGAUACGAUGAAAUUUUCUUAAAAACUGAUAUGGACAUGGAUGGCUAUGUGAGCGGCCAAGAAGUGAAGGAUAUUUUUAUACACUCAGGCCUGUCUCAGAAUCUUCUAGCACAUAUAUGGGCAUUGGCAGACACAAGACAGAUGGGAAAGCUAAGCAAAGAUCAGUUUGCACUAGCCAUGUAUUUCAUUCAACAGAAGGUCAGUAAAGGGAUUGAUCCUCCGCAGGUGUUGUCCCCAGAUAUGAUCCCUCCUGCAGAGAGGAAUACUCCCAUACAAACUCUGUCAGGUUACUUGACCCCUGUAGGAACUGAGAUCUCAGCGCUAACAGAAAUGCGUCGUGAUAGUUCAAGUUCUGUCGGAUCAGGAGAAUUUACAGGCGUGAAAGAACUCGAUGAUAUUAGUCAAGAGAUUGCACAUCUGCAGAGAGAAAAGUAUUCACUAGAGCAGGACAUUAGAGAAAAGGAGGACUCAAUUAGACAGAAAACCAAUGAAGUUCAGGAACUGCAAAAUGAUUUAGACAGAGAAACAAGUAACUUGCAAGAGCUGGAAGCUCAGAAACAAGAUGCUCAAGACCGCCUAGAUGAAAUGGACCAGCAGAAAGCCAAACUGAAAGAUAUGCUAAAUGAUGUGAGGCAGAAAUGCGAGGAAGAAACACAGAUGAUUUCAUCAUUGAAAAUGGAGAUUCAGUCUCAGGAAUCAGAUUUAAAAUCACAGGAAGAUGAUCUGAAUAGAGCAAAAGCAGAGCUGAAUCGUCUCCAUCAAGAAGAGACUCAGCUAGAACAGAGUAUCCAAGCAGGAAAAGUGCAACUUGAAACAAUAAUUAAAUCUUUAAAAUCAACACAGGAAGAAAUUAAUCAGGCAAGAAGUAAACUUUCUCAACUUCAAGAGAGUCACCAGGAAAUCAGUAAAAGUAUUGAACAAAAUAAUGAAGCUCUGAAUGGGAUUCAUGGUGGUAGCAUGACGAAUUUAGCGGACAUAAGUGAAGGAAUUGCACAGAAAGAAAGAGGCAAUUUUGGAGCUAUGGAUGAUCCCUUCAAGAAUAAAGCUUUAUUGUUUAGUAAUAAUACACAAGAAUUGCAUACAGACCCAUUCCAGGCCGAAGAUCCAUUCAGAUCUGAUCCUUUUAAAGGAGCAGACCCUUUCAAAGGCAAUGAUCCAUUCCAGAAUGAUCCUUUUUCAGAACAACCACCUGUUUCAACAGACCCAUUUGGAGGGGAUCCAUUUAAAGAAAGUGACCCAUUUCGUAGUUCUGUCUCUGAGGAUUUUUUUAAAAAACAGGUGAAGAAUGAUCCAUUUACCUCAGAUCCAUUCACAAAAAAACCCACGCUGCCCUCAAAGCCUGACCCCUUUGAAAGUAGCGAUCCUUUCACAUCUUCAAGUAUCUCUUCAAAAGGCCCAGAUCCUUUUGGAACGUUAGACCCGUUUGGAAGUGGUGCCUUCAGUAGCAAUGAGGGUUUUGCAGAUUUUAGCCAGAUGUCAAAGCCCACAGCUUCAGACCCUUUCACCUCCUCUUUUGGAGGGAUGGGAUUCUCAGAUGACCCUUUUAAAAGUAAGCCAGACACUCCAGCUCUCCCACCGAAGAAAAAUGUUCCUCCACGACCCAAGCCACCUAGUGGUAAAAGUACUCCUGUAAACCAGCUCGGGUCUGCAGAUUUUACCAAGCCCCAUGAUCCAUUCCAGCCAUUUGGGGCUGAGAGCAGUGACCCGUUUCAAACUAAAAAGGGGUUUGGGGACCCGUUUAGUGGAAAAGAUCCAUUUGCUCCCUCCUCUUCAAGUAAAACUUCUAAAGACUCUUCCUUGGGGUUUGCAGACUUCAGCUCUUUUGGAAAUGAGGAGCAGCAGCUGGCCUGGGCAAAGCGAGAGAGUGAGAAAGCAGAGCAGGAGAGGCUGGCUCGAUUGCGAAGACAAGAACAGGAAGACCUUGAAUUGGCUAUUGCACUUAGUAAGGCUGAUAUGCCAGACUCUUAAAUACAAGUCUUUGGGCUCCACCCAAUCCAAGUCAAACCCUUUAAAAAAAGGUUUUGUAAAAUUCUUGUUUUAUGUUGUGAAGUAAUUGUAGUCACCUUUAAGUCAAAGCAUAACAAGAUUGGCUGGUUAUAUCAAACUGGGCUUUCCAUGGCUUUUCAAGUACAUAAUGCACAGGAAACACACUGUAAAAAUUGUAUUAUACUUCCUAGAUAAAAGUUACUGCUUGUAAGAAAUUUAAUGUAUGACCCUAAGGUACUGAAAGCAAAGUUUCUUUAUAAUGCAGACAGUGAUUGCAUACAAUAAGCUGCAAUUUGUGAAUCUGGCUUUUAUUACCUGAAUUCCAUUGUCAUUGUUUUGAGGCUGCAGUAUGAAUAAUAAAAUUAUAGAAAAUGACACUUGUAAAAAAAAAAAAAAAGUAUGUUUAUAAAAUUAUCACUUAGCUUUCAGUUCUUUUUGUUACAUUUAUGUAAUUACUCAUAGUAGGCCAAUGACCACCUAGCUCAAAGACUUGAGGGCAAAUUCUUUCUUAGAUGUUCCCCUUUCAUCAGUGAGAUAUGGCUUAUCUUAUGAAAGAAACUCUGAUUAUUUAUAUAUUAGAUGCAUAGUGACACAACUCAUGUAGAGUCAAUCAUAUUUUGAAUUCAAAGCCUAUGAGAAUUAAUAGCUUUUUCUUAUUUAAACAUGAUUAUUUGCAUAAGAGUUUUUUAAUAUUUGUACAUGGUGGUAUUAAAAGGAGUGAUCCUGAUAUAGUAAAUUAGACAAAUGAUGACUCAGUUCUAAAUCAUGGGAUAAAAUACAAAUUAAUUCCAUGAACGAGCAUUAAGACAGGAAUGAUCGUGUUUGAGGCUUUUUCUACAUAAUGUUGAAUAAUUUCACACUUUUUAAAUUUUAAUUUUGAACUGUAAUCUUCCCUGCAACCGUAUUUUCCCUUCAUUUGCUCUAACAGGCAGAAUAUAGGGCUGCUAUUUGUAUUAUCCAAUUGACUAUGUUACAAUCUCUACCUCGGAAGUGAUUAAGUGUGCGGUCUUAUUUUUAAAUAUUCUGGUUGAUGAUUAAUCUCACUGCCCUUCAUUUAAAGUUAUACAACUGUUAUAUAGACUAGAAAGUUUUUUACUUUAAACUAGCCCAAGUUCACACAGAUUUCAUUUGCCAGAUAGGUAGAAUAAAUGGAUAUUCAUGCAAAAGUUACAGCAAUAUUUGUAGAACAGAUAGACUUAAAAAACCAGCCUAUCUACUGAUAGCACUAAUUAGGCCAGUAUGUCCAGCUUUUUUAUAGAUUUCCAGAAUUCAGGGGGGAUGUUACAUGUAUUUUAUAGAGGUAAUGCAAUAUGUAUUUUACUUGUCACGGAUAUAAAAUGAGUACUUAUGGUAUUUUUUGCUGUGAAUUAUUCAUUUAUAGAAACUGCCUUUUCUGGUAAUAUACAGGAAUUCAGCACUUCAUUUGUCCUUGCCUUGUGCUCUGGUUUUGUUUGUAAAUGGAAUGGGCAUUUAGGGCCAAAUUUUCAAAAUGUUCUUUGUGAUACCUGUAUUUGCAUCCGCAAUUCUGCACAUGUGCAUAUUGGCUAGUUAACAUUCUGAAUGUCCAAAAUGUGGCCCUCAGCUUGUAAAACAUUCUCUGUUGGAUAGCAUUGUAUUUCUUAAUCUUCUGCAAUGUAUUUACAUUUUUGUGUGUCCCUGUUUUGUUUUUAUUUUUCCUUUCACAAUGAUGUUAGUGCCUGUUUUUCCAGUCAAACAAUCCCUACAUUCUAAUUGCCUCAUUCUGGAUACUUUCCUUACACAGAGAUAAGAAUCCCAGUAGGGAUUAUUUUUUCUGAUGACUAGUUUUCAGACCUAGAAAUGUAAUUAAACAUUGGUUGUCUCAGGACAAUGCUGCAUUUGCAUUGAAAAUCGACUCUAAAUUGAGAACAUCCAUUUUAAGGUCUUCAGACAGAAUAUAUUUGACAAAACUGAAGCCCAUCAUCUCAGAAGACAUUCUACAGAGUUGCUGAUCCCUGAAUGUGUGUAUAACUCCUGUUUAAUGUUAUUACAAAUGCUAUGGGCUUUUAAAUUUGUAUCAGGAGGGGAGAAGAGACCCCUAAAUAUUAACAAAACAUAUAUGUUUCUGUGUUGUCCUUUAUUGAAGUAACAAGCUGCCAUGAAUACUGUAGGAAAUAAUCCUGCCAUACUU